GCAAAAUGGCGACUGCAAGGUGCGCUAAAGGGAUUUUCCUGAUGUUUUAUUAAAAUAAUCCAUAUAGAAUGAUACUAUACAGAAAAACAACAACCUCACAUUUCAAAAAAAAACAAUGACGAUAGAAAAACUAGAAAUACAGAAGGAAAAGCGUUCAUUUGAAGCAGAGAUUGACGCAAGUUAAAAAUACUACAGUUAAAAAAACCUGCCUAUAAAAAAACGUAUCCUGUUAAAGCACCAACAUGGCUACAACAGCUUUAACGCCAAUUGUGGACCCCUUCAGUGUGAUAUAUUCUGGUGACACUUGCAUCGAAUACUAUAUUGAAUACAGGAAAAGCUUCUGGGAUGCAGACCAACUUUGGCUAGGUGUAGGGUUUCUGUUAGGAUUGCUGAUAGGUGCUGGUCUAGCUGUCGCAAUAACCAAACUAUGUAUGAAGGAUCUGCGAAAGAAGCGGAUGCAAGACCAAGAAAUGGCCAUGAUGAGGGCUAGAGGGAUACCAAUGCACCAGAAGAAUAAAGCCAUCUAUGAUUUUGAAAAUGACAAUGGAAAGACUGUUGUGGAAGUUGAAGUGGAAGCAUCAAGCGAAGAGAGUGAUGAUGACACAAAAAAGAAAAAGAAGAGGCCAAAGUCAAAGAAGAGAGGAAAGAGUGCCUUGAAGAAGAAGGUAAAGAAAGACCCUGAUGCUGAUAGUACAUCAGUUGAGGACAACCAUAUUGAGGGCAGUGCAGAUUCUGCAGGUGGUCUUGCUGAAGCUCUACUGCAGUCAAACAGUGAUGCAGCCAACAUGAUUUUAGUGGGUUUGGAUCUUGAAGCUCUCAUGAAACUUGAAGGUCAACUCUGGCAGGAGAAAAUAACAACAUACAUACAGACGCUUAAGAUUCAACUGAAUGCUCUAUUCCGCGAUGGCAAGAUCACGGAAAGUUAUUACAAGAAUUUUAUGACAAAAAUUGAGUCAGAUCUGAAUUUAAUAGCAAAAAUUUGUCAGAGUGAGAAAGAUGAAAAAGAAAAAGAAUUGUUGGAUAAAAAGAAAUUAAAAGGUGAUAAAAUUUCAUCUAAAGAGGCAGAAGAAAUAGAGAUUGCUUUAGCCAACCUCCAUCCACAGUACGUUCAGAAACUGAAUGAUGAAUUCCGUAAAUUUGAUGAGAAGAUUCAGACUGAAUUGACAAAGGAUUCUGGUUUAUCUGAGAAAGAGAUUAAUGCUAUAAUGGCAAAGUUGGCUCGUGACAAGGCAAGAUGUGAGCAGGUUCUGGGAGAUGAAAGAACAAGGCAAGCUGCGCUGUUAGAAGAGAGAAUCGCAAAGAGACGCCACCUUGCUGAGCUGACUAAUAUCAACAAACAACAGAAUGAGGCUGAGGUUGAUGUGAAGCUUGAGUCUCAAGAAGAUAUGGUUGGGGAUCUAAUUAAGGAUGGCAAGUUGAUGGAGAGACAGAAGGAUGAGAUUAUGGAACAGUAUGAGAGUGAUCUGAGAAGGAUACAGGAGACCCAAGAACAGAACAUACUAACACAACAACAAAGUCUGGCAGAGAAGCUGAAGAAACAUCGCGAGGCGAAGCAGAAGAAAUUGGAACAAAAGCACCUCAAAGAACAGGCCACUCUGAAGGAAAGUGUUGACAAGAUGGUCAAUACAGAUGACUUCAUAACAGCUUACCAUGGAUUGAUUGACCAGCAGCGAAUUGAACAAGAUGAUCUGCUUGGAGAGCUGGACCAUAGAGAGGCGGAGGAGAUACACAGGGCUAGAAAGGAGGAGGAACAGUUUAGACAGGAGCAGUUUGAGAAGGCAGAUGAGAAGCUUGGUGAAUUACUUGAGAGCAAGGCUCAGUUAACUGAGAAAGAAGCUGCGUCCAUCAUGAGGAGACAUCAACAACACAUGGAGGAUUAUGAACGUAAUAAGAAAGAUGAGAAGAAGAGGAUGAAUGCAUUACUGCAGGAGAAACUUGCUGCAAGGGCACAGAAACAGGAGGAGAACCAAGCCAUGCAUGAUGCUCAACAGCAGGAGAUCAAGCAACAACAAGAGGUUUCAAUCAAGAAAGUUCUUGAAACACAGCUGGAACUCACAGAUAGUGCUAAGGACAAGAUUAUGGCAGAACACGAGACAAACAUGACGGCUCUCAACAACCAACUCUCAAUGAGUAAACUCAGACAACAGAAACAACUGGAACAAAAGCUGGCUGCACGCAAAGCAAAGCUAGCUGAUCUGAAGCAAAAGCAAAAGGAGACCAAACAACAAUCAAAAGAAAUGAAUGACAAAGAAAGGGAUAAAAUUCAAAAAGAACUGGAGGCAAAUAUUGCUGAGGAAGAACAAAAAAUGAAUGAUGAAAAUGAGAAUGCCAAAAUUGCCUUCCGCAAUCGCAUCAAUGAGGAAACAGAGAAUGCUUUAAAGGCUCAGGAAAAACAGCUUAUGAUUUUAAUUGGCAAAUUACAGAUUGGUGCUGUAAGGCGCAGCAAUAUAAUUGAACACCAGGAAAAGAUACUCAGGACACUGGAGGACAAGAUGGCUAGCAAGGUUGCAGAGGGAGGGGUGAAGGGUAACAAGGUUGAUUUGCUCCUAGAGCAACAUGAGAAUCAAACAGAGCAACUCACUGAACAUUUGAACACUCAGAAACAACGGCAGGAACAGAUUCUCAGGGAGAGGAUUGAGCAGAAAAAAUUGAAACGAGAAAGGGAAGUUGAAGUUCAGUUGGAAGAAGAAGCCAGGGAAGAUUGGGAGGCACAGAAACGCAGAGGAGCAGGAGUGGCGACAUCUAUAUUGAGCCAGCACUUAUUGGACCAAAGACACAAGAAAGCCAUGGGAGACUUGGAGACUGAGAUGAAAUAUGAAAUGCAGAAACAUAAAGAUGAGCUCAACAGGGAGCUAGAACAUGAGCUCCAAGCUGAACUAGAUGCUCAGAAGAAGACUUUCCUAGCUCAGUUAGCUACUCUUGGUCACCUCAGUAAAGAUGACAUCAAUGAAGUAGUAAACUCAGCUGUCACUGAUACUGGAGCUGAUGAAGACACAGCCAAGCUGCUGGCAAAGGAACUCAGGGUUGAAAUGAAGAAAGCAAAGACAUCACUGGGAUUUGAGAAUGAUGAGAAAUAUAAAGGUGAUAGAAGCAGACGACCCAACAGUGCAAAGCAGCAAUAUGACAAUGAGGCAUUUGAUGAAGAAGAGGAGGACCAGGUCCAACGACCAAAGAGUGGCUUUAGGAAGAAAAAGAAAGGAUUUAUGACAUAAUAGGACUGGAUUAUUGGCUCAAGGAAGAAUUAGUGAUAAACAUAACGUGAUAAUCAUAAUGUGAUAAAAACUGAUAUUAAGUGUCUUGCAGUAUUGCCUCAUAUAUGGAGGGAAAGAUAAUAUACUAGAUGUAGUAUUUAAAAUCAUCCAUCAAGAACUAAUCAUUCUGAUAUCUAGAUCUCAUCAUGAUAUCUAAAUUCAUCAUCAUAUUUUAUAAAACUGUCAUCAUGAUAACCAGAGCUAUAGGAAGUGAUGAUGUAGCCCAUUCGACACAUUCCAAAUCUUUUCAUGUUGAUUUUAGUGAGUAAAGAUGGAGGAUAGGCUUGUUGUUCCAUAUAGAUGAGAUAUUGUAGUGUACCCAGUCAAUUUUAUUUUAUUCUCAUGUACAUUGUUAUUGUUAAUGCCAAAUGGAGAGAAAGCGAGAAAGCAACUUAUUAUAUGUUGAUACAUGCCAAACAGCCUCCUCUGAAAGCAGGAAGUCAGAUCAAGAAUCUAUUUUAUUAAUUCAUACUCUCAGAAGAUUAUUGAUAGCUUGGUAUAAGUGUUUUGUACAGUGUACUUGUGAGAGUUUCUUAAGCCAUAUAUGUAUAUGAUUGAGCAUCUACUCUCAGGAUCCAUGAUAUAUCAAAAUGGCUGAAUAUAUGCCAAUAUGAAAUUGUCAUUUUUGGAUUUUCAUCUUGAAUCCACUGGAUUCAAGUCUCAGUUUUUGUUCAGACAUGUUUGGAUUCACUUUCAUUAUGGGAAUUAAAUUACACCAAUAUACAUCAACAAAUAACUCAAGAAUGAAAAUGAUUUCUUAAAUCUUAUUUUGACAGUAAUUAACUAUUACAUGGGGGGGUUCAAUUUCCACAGGGUGGACUGACUUUUUCACGUCAGCCCAUAUAUAGUUUCAUUUCAUUUCUUGAGGACAACAUUUUAUAAUCGUCUCAUUAGAUUC